CGCCCGGCACCAUGGAUCAGCCCAAGCCGCGCUCGUUGCGCCUCGGCGUCGUCGGCUGCUCUCACGGCACCCUGGACGACAUCUACGCCAGCGUCGAGCGCUGCGACGAGGAGGCGCGUGCGCGAGGAGAACCCGAGGUCGACCUGGUCAUCUGCUGCGGCGACUUCCAGGCCAUGCGCAACGUGUCGGACCUGCAGACGAUGGCCUGCCCCGUCAAGUACCGCGCUCUCGGCCACUUCCACCAGUACUACAGCGGCCAGAAGCGCGCGCCCAAGCUCACUAUCGUCAUCGGCGGCAACCACGAGGCGUCCGGCUACCUCUGGGAGUGCUACCACGGCGGCUGGCUCGCGCCCGACAUCUACUUCCUCGGCUUUGCGGGCUCGGUCCUCGUCGAUGGCUGGUUGCGCAUCGCCGGUGCGAGCGGGAUUUGGAAGGGCGGCGACUGGAAAAAGGGGCAUUUCGAGACGGUCCCCUUUGACGACCGCACGAUCCGCUCCGUCUACCACAUCCGCGAGUACGAUGUCGCCCGCCUUCUUCAGCUCAAGAACCGCGGCGACUCGGUCGACGUCUUCCUGUCGCACGACUGGCCGCUCGGCAUCGAGCAGCACGGCGACACCGAGACGCUCUUGCGCGAGAAGCCCUUCUUCCGGGACGAAGUCGCCACCAACUCGCUCGGGUCCCCACCCCUGCACGCCCUCCUCACCUCUCUCCAGCCUCGCUACUGGUUCUCGGCCCACCUGCACGUCAAGUUCGCCGCCCUGUUCCACCACGAUGGUCGUCCGACGCAGCUCGUCAAGCGCGAGCCGAGGAGCUGGGGCGGCCAAGGGCAAGACGGUCGAGCCGUUCAGCCGGUCGAGCGGCUCAAGGCGGGCGGCCCGGCCGCCAACCCGGACGAGAUCGUGCUCGAGGACGACGAGGAGGACGACGUCGACGCCUCGGCACCCGCCAUGAGCGGGGUCCAGAGCGCCGAGGGCCCGCAGAGCGAGGAGAAGGGCUGCCCGGGCGGGUGCAGCGCCGAGUCGCAUGCGCACGUCCCGGCGACGGUCAAGGCGGUCGAGAACCCGGACGAGAUCGCCCUCGACGACGAUGACGACACGGCGCAGGGCGAGGACGUCGAGAUGAGGGUCGAGUCGGACGUCAAGGCGCCCGAGGAGAAGGACGACGAGGUAGAAGAGCCGGAUGGGGCGUCGACGAGGUUCCUCGCGCUCGGCAAGCCGGGCAGAGGCCGUGACUUCCUUCAGGUCCUCGACAUUCCCUCGACCUCGACCUCGUCUUCAUCCACCUCCUCGACCUCGACCGCGACUGUGCCCGCAUCGUCCAACACUUCCUCUUCUACCGCCGCGCCCGUCGACGCUUCCCCCGUCACCUCUGCGCCUGUCGAGCCCUCGCCCGCCGCGCCCGCCGCCGACGCCGACGCUGCGACCGCCGAGGGCAGCGCACCUUCGACCGAGGCUCGCGACGCCUCUGCCGCCCUCGCCACGCCUUCUCCUCGUCGCCCCAAGCUCUACUUCGACCCUCACUGGCUCGCCAUCGUUCGCGCCACCGCGCCCUGCCUGUCCCUCAACCCUCGCCCGAUCCCGUUCCCGCCGCUCUCCGAGCUCGCGCAGCGCAUCGAGGCCGACUACGCCUGGGUCCUCGAGCAUGUCGGCAAGAACGGCGACGGCCUGGUCGAGGUCGACGACGUCAUGCGGUUCGCGAGGACGGCGCCGACGCAGGAGGAGUGGGAGGCCCAGGGGAUGAUCCAGAUGCCGUCGUGGUACACCAACCCGCAGACGCUCGCCUUCGCCGCCCUCCUCCAGAUCGAGAACAAGAUCAACCCCAUCCCCGAGGGCUACCUCCAGGCGCUCGAGGCCGAGAAGGCUCGCGCACUCGCCGCCGCCAAGGCCGAGGCGCUUGCCGAGGUCGACCGGGCGGGCGACGUCGUCGACGAGGAGCCGCAGGGCGAGACGGCGCACGAGGUGGUCGACAAGGGCGAGGACGUGCCUGCGGGCCAGGCGUCGGUCAACCCCGAGGAGAUCGCCAUCGAGGACGAUGACGAGUAG